ACACACAACACAACUGGGAAAAAAAAUAUCAAUGGCUGAUCCGGCACUCCACCCAGAGACACUCAAACACCAAGAGAUUCAACCGCUCAAAGAAAUCGCAAUAGACUACACCCCGGAGGCUUGCACGCACUGCCCAGUCUCCAACUCUAUUAGCGUCACGUACGACCAUCGUGGCGGCGCUCGGUGGCGCUCCACCACUCCAUUCCUGUUUGGCACCUUCGGCUCUCUCAUCCAGUGCCCUAAAGGCAACACCAGUGGCCUCAACUUCAACCUUUAUCUCUCAUCUCUUGAAGGGGACAAAUCCCAAGACGAGAUCGACUUUGAAUUCCUAGGCAAGGACAAGACCAUAGUACAAACAAAUUAUUACACUACAGGGACUGGAAAUAGAGAGCAGCUUCAUGAUCUGGGUUUUGAUUGCUCUGAUGGGUUUCAUGAGUACACCAUUAAGUGGAGACCAAAUUGGAUUGAGUGGUUGAUUGAUGGCAAUGUGGUGAGAAGAGAGGAGAGGAGGGAGGGUGAGGCGUUUCCUGAGAAACCCAUGUUUUUGUAUGCUUCAGUUUGGGAUGCGAGCUACAUUGACGAAGGAAGGUGGACUGGGCCUUACAUAGGGUGUGAUGCACCUUAUGUUUGUCUCUAUAAGGACAUUCAUGUGCCUGCUGCAACUUCAAUGGGGUGUUCUAUCGAUUCUUGAUAGAGGUUUCUGGUUUCUCUUUCGUGUGCAUGCCAAUUGAAGUUGAAGUGGAUUCAUGAUCUUCUUUGUUGUUCCUUGUUGUGAAAUCUGACUGUUUAAAUUCGUUCUCUAAUUGCUUUUGCUUUGAAUCAUGGUGCAUUGGUUAUUUGGAGUUGUAAUUUCAUUAAAAGCUUGCUGUACUCAAAUUGCUUGAUGAUGAUUAACUGAAUCGAUGUUACUGUCAGAUUCGUCAAUGGUGAAUGAUUAAUGCAAUAUCCUUUUUGUCA